CUCCCCGAGCUCGCUUCGCAAGAAGCAACAGCGCUCCCGCGAGCCUUACUUGAACAUUUAAAUUGAUUACUCGCCGUGACGGAAAGAGUGUACCGCGGCUCCCCAUCAACUUGGAUUACCACCGAAGAAGAACCGUCUCCCCGGCCACUUCGGAUUAAGGAACAAAAAAGAUGAAGGCACGCACCGAGCAAGUCAUCAGCCGAUGCAUGGCCAAGUUGUCCGAAGGGCGCGUGUCCCGCAAAGAGCGCGACCACGAAGAGAUGCACACCCUGUUUGGAAAGCUCAAAGAGCUGGUUCCCACCAUGCCCCGAAACAAAAAGCUGACCAAGCUGGACAUCAUCCAGAACGUCAUAGACUAUAUUCUCGACCUGGAGAUAGCGCUGGAGACUCACCCGGCAAACUUUUCUUCUUCGCGUCCCUCGGCGUCCGCUGCGAGUCCGGUGCGACACCCUUUGGGUGUGCUACCUCCUUCGGCCAAUUCGGCGCUCAACACUUGCUCACCGAAAGAGGUAUCCAACACCGACAAAGCCCCUAGUCAUUUCGCGGAGUUGCUGUCGGCAGCGGUGUCGCCAAAUCGUCCGGUGUCCUGCUAAGGACUCUAGUCUCCCAUCUCAGUUCAAUCGGGGCCAAGCCUUCGACCAUCGGUUCAUCGUCGAAGCGGGGGCUUGCGCCUGUAGCCACGGGCGUCGAAGAAAAACUUCAUCAUCGCUGACAACAGCCGAGCGUACGCUGUUGCUGGCCCGGAAGCCUGCUGAUGCAAAGACUGCGCUCUGGAAAGUCGUAGCCACAUUGUGAUACCACAUCGAACCAGCUGCACCUGGGUUAAAGUC